AUGGGAUAUGCAGCUGCUAUCUCAAGAACGGCCGGCAGCCCCUUAGCCCGACGUUCUAUUCGCCUAGGAGUCACUCAUUUUAAAAGCCGAACAUAUCACUCGUCCCAAAAGAGCUCGGGAUCUAUCCUCGAGCCGCGACUGGAGGAUCAUGGCCGAGUCAUCCACGAUCAAUACUCGGUAGUCCGAGACCGCUACGAUGCCCCGAAACACCCCGUCGUCCUUGCCCAUGGUCUUCUCGGCUUCGAUGAACUUCGGCUUGCGGGCCGCUACUUUCCGGGCGUGCAAUACUGGCGCGGGAUUAAGGAGGCGCUGACGGCGCAGGGUGUUGAGGUUAUUACAGCUACGGUACCGCCGUCGGCUUCCAUUGAGGAACGUGCGGAGGAGCUGGCGCGGGAUAUCGAGGCUGGGGCGCGGGGGAAGGAUGUGAAUAUCAUUGCUCAUAGCAUGGGGGGCCUUGAUUCUCGAUACAUGAUUAGUCGUCUCCAGCCGCAGAAAUUCAAAGUGUUGUCGCUCACUACCAUUGCGACGCCCCAUCGAGGGUCUGCCGUUGCCGAUUUUUGUUUUGAUCACAUCGGAGCCGAGCUCCUGCCACAGAUAUACUAUACCCUAAACAAACUUAACAUCGAGACCGGCGCCUUCGCCCAGUUGACCCGAAAGUACAUGUCCGAAACAUUCAACCCAAACACACCAGACAUAGACGACGUCAGGUACUUCUCCUACGGCGCAUCCGUCCAACCUAGUCUAUGGUCCGUUUUCCGACUAUCGCACCGGAUCCUCGCCCAAGCCGAAGGUCCCAAUGACGGACUUGUCAGCGUAGCCAGCAGUCUCUGGGGUGGCGAAGCAGGAUACAAAGGGACGUUGGUAGGCGUCAGCCAUCUUGAUCUAAUCAAUUGGACGAAUCGGUUGAAGUGGCUGACUGCGGAGGUGACGGGUAACCCGCGAAAGUUCAAUGCUAUUGCGUUUUACUUGGACAUUGCAGGUAUGGAGAAGAUCGAGUUGGGGUUUAAAAUGCGAUUACUGAUUUAUGAUUUUGGUUAG